GUUUUGAGUGUGACUUUGUGCACGGCGCGCCGUACGACGCCUGGGCGCGAGGCGCGCCGCGCCAGAUCAUCUCCAACACCAUCACAUAAUCGCAGCGUGCAGUUGCACGGCCACACCGUCCGUGCCGCAUCACGCGCUCACCUAUAGCUACUCGUGACUCCGUCGUGCAAAUUCGCAACCGCCAUCGCCCUGCCUCACACUCGAGGCAAGGCGCGUCCAUCAUCAGCGCCUUUCACCUGUUCCUCUGAGCCACUUUGCUCUGCUUCCCACGCGGACGCACUGGACCCUUGCGACAGCUCACGUCCUGGCCUCCAUCUCUCACGGCAACAUGUCGCGCGAUCGACGGCCCGGCGAACCUUCAUUCGCAGCACCCUUGACGCCGCCUCGGGGUGCGGGCACGCUACCCACCCCGCCAACAUCUCACAUCGAAUUGUCCGGCGACAGACCGCCUCAUGGCAGCGCUGCCCACUUUGCCAGUGGCAGCAACAACGAUGCGCCGCUAUCGUCUGACACAGAGCAGGCGACCGACGGAGAACCCGAUGCGAGCCCAUCGGCCAUCGUCAUGUCACGUCGACAGAACCGGCUAAGCCAGCGUGGAUCGGCGGCCAACUUUGAACUUCAACAGAUAGUCUCGCCACUACACGCCAGCCGCAGCUCGCCUGCGACUCGAACCUCGCUAGACAGACCCUUGUCCGACCAAGAAGUGACCAUGUCCCGAUCAGCAUCCGUGCGCAAAGCGCGCCGAGUCGGUAGGAAUGAGGGUCGCCGCGCAAAGAGCGAGUUCGACGUGGCGUCGGACUCUGACCACUCCAGCUUCUCACACCCUGCAAACGAAGACUUGCGCAGUCGCACGCCUAGUCCUAUACUUGGAAGCUCACGAGGCCAUUUGAGUGCUCAAGGCGCGUUUGGACCGAGCGCGGAGAAUGUCGAUGCGGUUCUGUUCGGCGAGAAUGACGAGGAAGGGAGCCGACAAGAAGUCGAAUCGUUGCUGGACGAGCUUCGUCAGAUGAGUCUGGCCACAGGCGGAAUCGGGAGAGAGUCCAACAUUGUCAGCAUCGGUUCUCAACUUGGCGAGAAGGCGCUCAGACUGCACGACACUCUGCACCAUGUGCGUCUUCGAGCCAUCGCUGCGCUCACAUCCCAGCGCACGAAAGCGCAUGCAUCUCUUGUUGCUAUGCAGCUCUCAUCCGCUCGUCAAGCUGCGGAGCUGGAUGAUGCCAGGACACAAGCUAGGAUGCUCGGCAGCAAAUUGGCGCGUGCAGAAGCUCGCGUUGAGGAAUCGAUUGAGGAGGAAUUGCGCUGGACCCACUCAAUGAGGCAUCAUGGCAGCGCACUGGCGCAGCAGCAGGCUGCAAGACAGGCCGCACGCACCAAUGGUGCUCAAGCAGACGUCUCUCCCAAUGCACCUGGCUUGGCGGCACCGAUCGACCUCGAAAGUAUCAAGCAAUCCCCAAAAAGUCCUGCUGCUGCUCUAGCGAGCGCCACUGCCCCGCAAGCCGCUUCGUCUUCUUCUACGACACUCUCAGGACUUGGCAUUAGUGCUGGUGGUGCACCUGCUGACUCUGCCGCAGCUACGCCUGCAAUGUCCAGCACGACAGACGCUGAGGUGGAUUCCCCGUUGACUGUCUUGACCCGCAAUUGCAACAAGCUCAGCUCCGACAAACGCUAUCUGAAGGCGAAGUGGCGCGAGGAAAUCGCCCGGAACGAGCGACUCGAGCAGGAAUUACGUGCUUUCCGUCCGCUCUUCUUGCAGAGCAAUCGAGCGUCUGUCGGGACAGCCUCUCCACUCCCCGCGUCGAGCCACACACCAAGGCGCUCAAACUCAAGUCGUCGUCGCGGUACUGGGAUGGGAGAUGCCGAAGCGGAGCUGCUGCUUGCUACAGCACGACGCAUGCGUGAGACUAGGCGAACGGAGACUCGUCGAUCGCCGCAAAAGGCAGGCGCCAUAAGAGAGCAGACGACGCUGGAAGACGGUCGUCCAACGACGCCGCCACGGACUUCGCAGCCUUCUCAACCCAGCACCCCGUUCACCCCGCGCACGCCACGCACCGUGCCUGUCUUGCGUACUCCAGGCAGAGAUGAGGCUGGCUCAUCAAAUUGGGGUCAAAAUUCCAGCAGACAAGACAGCGCUGCAGCUAGCAACGCGUCACCAAUCAAAAAUGCGGCGAAUGUACCUGGUUCAGCGAGUAGCGCGCGUGGCAUUGAUGAGCUACUGCACGCUGCCCAGACUGUCAUGACGCCAAGCGAACGACCAGCAGCGCACCAGACUCCACGCCGCGGACUCGCUUCGCUCAGUGCGAGCUAUGGUGACAGAGGCUACUUCCUUGAUGCGAAGUCUCCCAAGAUGAAUGUCUCUGCGCUGUUGAGCGAAAACGACGCCAUCAACGAGAGUCCCAAGCGGCGCCGCAUGUCCACAUCCACGCACGAUGCCUCUGACGUGAGAUUCGCAGGUGGACAGGGCAUAGAAAUCGCGGAGUUGGCUUCCUCGCCUGAGGGUCGUCCUGCACACUCAGCACAUCGUUCACAGCACGUCAAACUCGCCGAACCGCAGCACGAAGCUUCGACCGCGCAGUCAUCUGGACUCUCAGCGCUUGACCUGCUUGCAGACCAAGCUGCUGCUUCUCAACAACCCAGUCAGAGCUCUGACCACUCGCGAUCAGGGGGAUUGAGCGACGCCCCAGCAUCAAGCUCUGAUGAAGGAAUGAUCGAAGAAGAAGGCGUGGAGCACGGCGAUGAAAGAUGGUUCUCUCAGUCACACCAUGGUGCCUUUUAUGGAGGUCCACCCGCUUCGCAACCUUCCGCGCGAUACGCCUAUGGACCAGAAGGUGGCAGACCUGGCUGGCCAGCCUCACCAGAGAAUAUUCGCAUGGCGAAUGUCCAUGGAUCCGCCCAUCACGGCUUGCCCUACGUGCCGCGCGCUGUCUCGCCUACGCGCGCAUCACCUUCCAAAGCAACCUUGGUUGCGCUACAGGCGAGUCCGCCGAAGAGCAAAGGUGGAAACACGAGCCCGGACAAGCGCCUGCCUUACAUUCGAUGGAGCGAGGAGGAGGAUAGGCGGCUGAAGCGAGCGAUCAGCGAGUACGGACAAAGAUGGGAACAGGUCGCACGCAGUGUUGGGACCCGAUCGUACCAUCAGUGCCGUCAGCGCGCGCUCUUGAUGAGGCGCAAGACUGCUCAAGCAGGAGGCUCAGACGGCGGUCCUUCGCUAGCGCCCGCGUCUUCCAUAGCCUCUGCCGGUCAUCCUUCGCCUUGAGUUGUACGCCCGCCACGUUCUCAAACCCACCGCCUUUUCCUCCUCUCAUGUCUGAGUGUUUCGCGAGACUCUCGGAUUCAUACCACACAUCAGACCAAAUGUCUUGUCGAAAGCCUCGAAUUCCGAACACGUAUAAGAUGCAAACACAGUACACGAAUGCUACACAGCAAGCUUGCCGCACUGAAGAUAUUCCGCCAUACCGACCGACCACGUGUUCCCGAACUUGUACUGUACUACACAAACACACCUCUCAGGCUCCUCGAAUGAUCAUCCACCAAACAUUCCGC